UUAAUAAUUGAUUUGCACCAUAAUUCCGGUGCUUCACCACCACCUCCUCCGCCAAUUCCUAAACAUUGCUUGAUAUUUCAUAUUUCAGCUGAGUGAUGGCCGCUUUUGCUGCAGCGGCUUCUCUUAAGACUACAAUUCUGCAUAUUUUACAAUCAUCUCGCAUAUCAUACAUUCCUUCGUCUUCAUCAAUGUUAAAAGAGGCAUACAUUGAGAUGAGUUUCUUGCAGUUACUUCUGCUAGAGUUGGACCGCACAAAAUGCUACAAGAUCCGGACUGAGGUGAAUGCUUGGGAUGAACGAAUCAAAGAGAUCGUGUGGGGGUUCGAAGAUAUACUUGAAAACCACCUUGUAGACCAGAUACUUCCACAACUCGAAAGCUCACGAGGUGGCUUGUCGUCUUUCAUUGUAGAUCUGCAGAUUCUGGAUCCGAAUAUUGCUAUCUUCAUCAUGAUAGUGGUGUUCCUGAAGGUGGGGUACUUUACAGAGAUGGAGAAUAUGCCAGAGGAAGAAGGCGAACCUAUUUCCUCAAGAAUUGAUUUUGGUGGAAUCAACUCAAACAUGGUGGGAUUAUCUGCUGAAUAUGAAGAAGUCAGGGAUUAUCUUCUUGCAAAAAAAGAAGAUAACUGCUGCUGCUGCUAUGCAAUUAGUGGGAUGGCAGGAGUUGGGAAGACUACUUUUGCUAAGAAAAUAUUUGACGAUCCAUUGAUUCAGGAACAUUUCAACCUUCGAGCAUGGGUUAAAGUGGGCAGAAAAUGUGAACGCAGUGAAUUAUUUCGCUGCAUUCUAGCUCAAGUGGAUCCCAACACUUACAACAAUAGGCAGGCCCAAGAAGAAGGUGAUGAAUAUGAGAAAUUAGUCAAAUUCUUCGGAGAAACAUGCAUGGGGAAGAGAUGUCUGAUUGUGUUUGAUGAUGUAUGGGGCACAGAUUUAAUGCAUUGCUUCCCAAAUGUUCAAAUCUUGAUGACAAGCAGACUAGGGAUGAUACUAUAUAAUAAAACGUAUGAUCUGCGGUUGUUGGAUGAAGAAGAAAGUAGGCAAUUACUUGCUGAGAAAGUAUUUGGUGAAAAGAGCUUUCCUUCUCACCUCGAGGAAUUUGGAGAGGAGAUUGCCGAUAAAUGUGAAGGUCUUCCUCUUAUGAUAGUCACGCUUGCAGAGCUCCUAUCCAAAGAAGAAAAGACUCCAAAAUAUUGGAAUGAGGUUGCCAAAAAACGACAUAAAGUCUUCAAGGAUGCAUAUAAUCAAAUAGCAGAGGUAUUUUAUCCAAGCUAUGAUUACUUGCCUCAAUAUUUAAAAAUAUGUUUUCUCUAUUUAGGAGCUUUCCCUCCUUAUAGUGAUAUGGAUAAACGCAGCCUCUUCAAUCAGUUGAGUGCUGAGGGUUUUCUUGAACCAGUUGCAAAACAAACUUCGGAAAACAUAUUGGAUGAUUUGGAAGGUUUUAUGGUCCAAUGCACGGAAGAGCUUGCUAGACAGUAUAAUAUUUUACUACUCGGAUUAAAUCCAUCAGAAUCUUUGUUUUUAAAGAAUGAGUUCCGCGUACAUUCUUGCUGGCAGCACUUGUGUAAGAAAGAGGCAAGUAAGGUCAAGUUUUUGCAUGUUUUAGAAAGUUGGGAUGAUGAUAUGAAAGAUCAACGCCGGUUGUGUGCCCAUUACAACACUUUAUUUGCAUUUAAAGAAGUGUAUGAUUCAAUACAGAGUGAUUGUGCAUCCACUACCCGUUCUCUCCUUUGUUAUGGUAAAUACCACCAAUAUCCAAUGCCAAUACAUGCCAUGGAUUUCAAGUUACUCAGAGUACUAGGUUGUCUUAAGGUCCGAUUUUACGAUAUCCCACUUGAGUUUCUCAAAUUAGUUUGUCUCAAGUAUCUUGCCCUAGCUUACAACAAAGAACUUCCUGCUUCCAUAUCCAACCUUUUUCAGCUUCAAUUCUUGAUUAUCCUUCCACAUCAAUACAUUAAAAAGCGUGGGAUUUUGUCAUAUCUGCCGGCAGAAAUUUGGGACAUGCCAGAACUGCAACAUAUUCAGGUCUUGGAAAGAGAACUACCAACCCCUACUUCAGAUGCUACUUUGGACAAACUGUCCAGUCUUUUAGGGGUGAGUGCGAAUAGUUGCACUAGGGAAAUUCUCAAAAGAAUCCCUAAUUUAAAGGAAUUAACACUUAUAAUAGUGUUGAAUCCUUAUGAUGAUGAUGUUGAUAGCAACUCAUUGAUUGGAUUGAGUUAUAUCUCAGAGGAACUGCAUAAGUUGCAGCAACUUACGUAUUCUAUAAGGAACCCUGAAUUGAAGCAAAGAUUUUUGCUUCCUCUUUCAAUGUUUCCAUCAAGUUUGAGACGGUUGGUGUUGAGAGGCUUAGGAUGUCCAUGGAGGGACAUGAAUGGCAUUGGUUCGAUGCUACCAAAUCUUGAGAAGCUCAAGUUAGAAGAAUAUGCCUUCCGAGGCCCAGAGUGGGAUAUGGAGCAGGGAAGUUUUUUGAAACUUCAGUCACUUGUAAUUGAAGACACCGAUUUAGUACGAUGGAGACCUCAACAUGGAAGUCUCCCAAACCUUGAAUUCCUAAGCAUAAGGCAUUGCUACAAAUUACAGCAGCUCGAUUGGUUUCCAACAGUUGUCAAAACAUGUACAAUUGAAUUAUUUCAGUGCAUUCCCUCAGCUUUUUUUUCUGCCAAGCAAUUAAGACCGGAGUCCCUCUUUAACGUUAUAUUCUGGUCUUCCUUUUGUGAUGAGAACUCCCGGCUAGCCUCUCUACUUGGUUAACAGGCAAUUGAGAGAGCAGAAGGGGUCAGAUGUUGCGCUAUCCCGCUAUUUCAAUUGUACUGCUAUGUUGUUUCCCGAACCUAAGCAUUGUGAUUUGUUGGAUUUGUUUGAGGAUUAUGAAACUUAAAAGUUUAUUUAUGUUUGUAAUCGAAGGCAUUGUGAUUUCCUGGAUUUGUUUGAGGAUUAUGAAGCUUGAAUGUUGAUUUAUGUUUGUAAUCGAAAGCAUUAUGAUUUGUUGGAUUUGGUUGAGGAUUAUGUAACUUGAAUGUUGAUAUAUGUUUGAAAAGCAUUGUGAUUUGUUGGAUUUGGUUGAGGAUUAGGAAACUUGAAUGUUGAUUUAUGUUUGUAAUAGUAACUAUUGUCAGUUAUGUGUGUAAACAUUACAUGCAUCUUUCUCUAAUAUAUUCAAUGAUUAUAUGUUA